UUAUCUUCUCUGUGACUUUCACCUGUGUGUUUACAGUUGCGGUCGUGUCGUGUCAAAAAAGAAAUAAAUAAGGUGAUGAACUCGUGCACUGCUCCGUGAGAAAUGAAUAUGGAAUUCUCAUUAGGAUUGUUCUCAGAAAUCUCUAGUGGCAUGAUACUUCACUGAGAAUUGUGGAUUUCUCUAAGCGGACGUCCAGAAUUCAUUGUUUAUAUCGGAAGCUUAUGGGUUGACGUUUCUUCGCAGAGGUAUCGAACAUGGAUUCGCUAAGAAGAGUUAUCCAAUUUGACUGGAAUGUGCCAACAUAAUCUGAUUGAACCAGCAAUGCAUGCAUUUGAUGAAUCUAAAAAAAUUAACCAAAUAGAACCAGACUUGGGGAAAGGAUGACUGGUAUGAAUUCCACUCUAGUUGAAACAGUGAGCAUUAAUUAUGAAGAUUUCAACGAGAGUUUCUUAACCUGUGGCACUUGUUUAUGUGUUUAUGAUGGUGAAGAACAUACACCAAAACUCUUACAAUGCUCUCACACAGUUUGUCUUCACUGUCUAACAAGAAUAGCAGCCUCCCAAACAAGAGACACAGGAUCAUUCAGAUGUCCAAUAUGCCGGGAAUUGAUAACCAUACCAAGAGGAGGAGUGGCAGCUCUACCACCCUCGUUCUUGGUCAAUCAGUUACUAGAUCUCAUGUCCAGGCAACGCAGGGAGGUCAUACCAAAGUGUUCAGUUCAUAUCAAUCAGGAAUUGCUUUUUUGUGAAACCUGCGACACAGUCUUCUGUACAAUAUGCACCAAAGGCUCUCACAAUGACUCGGCAGACACAUGCGAACAUACGGUCAUUCCAUUUUCUAUUGCCAUAAAGAGAAUGUCCGAGAUUUUAUUGUAUAAGGCCAACGAAUGUAUAUCCAAGUUGAAUAAAGCACAAGAAAAAGUGAGGAGUGAGUUGCAAAGGUUGGACUCGGCCCGAGAGGCAAAUUUGGAACAAAUAAGUAUUAUAUUUCAGCAAAUUCAAUCACUAGUCGAUAAACGUAAGCAGGAAAUGAUCGAAAAUGUCAAUUCCAUUUGUACAGAGAAACGUAAAAUUUUGGAGGAACAGCAUUCCCUUAUCGAAUCGGAGAAAAAUAAGGUGGAAGGGGAAUGUCAAGGUUUACAAUACCAAGUGGAAGUGAGGAAUAUAACACAAAGAAUCGAGAGUUUGUCGGAAAAACUAGAUGUUGCCAUAACCUUGAACGAUCCAAGGGAGAACGCAUUUCUAAUGUGCGAUUUCAAACAUAACGAUACCAUCAAAUUGAUCUCUCAACAACUGAACAGCUUGGGUCGCGUGAGAACCAGCACCACGUUCCCCAGUUUAUGUACAGCGGAAAUAGAAACCGAGAAUGUCACUGUAGGAAUUGAAUCUCAUAUACUGUUGACCACCAUGGAUUAUCACGGAAAUUCUAGAAAUUUCGGUGGUGAUCCAGUGAAAGCAACGUUGUCUCCUAACCCUGCCGAAGGUUCAGAGCCGACGAGUUUGGAAGUAAUUGACUGUGAUAAUGGUACUUACAGAAUUAAAUUCAGAGUAGCGAAGGCUGGUAAUUACAAUGUUAAAAUAACGAUAUUCGAUCGUCCAAUCAAGGAAUAUCCGAUUUCUUUCGAAGUGACUGAACACAAUAAUCCGGUGACUAUGUUCGGAACGAAAGGUAGCGGAAAAGAAGAAUUUAUGCAACCAGUUGCUGUUGCGGUCGAUGAUACAGAUAAUAUCAUCUACGUCCUGGAUACUGGAAAUUCCAGGAUAAAAGUUUUGGACAGAAAUUUUUCAUUCAUAAAACAUAUAACCAACGAAGGUCUUCUCGGUAGGAGUUGCACAGGAAUUUCCUUGUCAAAUAACGGUCUCGUUGUGAUAAAUUGGAGAACAAAGUGCAUCACCGAAAUGACCGAAGAUGGAAACACAGUGCGAACAUUCACGCAUGGUAGUUUCUCUGAGCCCAUAGAUAUCGCAGUCGAUAGGACGUAUGGGCAUAUUUUGGUCGCUGACAAUGGUACCUGCUGUAUAUUCGUGUUUGACGAGGAGGGAAAAUAUUUGUUUCAGGUUGGAAGCAAAGAUGUCUUCAAAUCAAUAUCCUCUGUAGCCAUUGGCCCAGAUGGGGAAAUUGUUGUGGCAGAUUCGGAAAUCAAAGUAUUUUCUGCUAAGGGUGAUUUCCUCAAAGUGGUUUCGGAUGGUGGAAAAGGGAAGGGUCGGUAUGGAAGUAUAUCUGUGGAUUCCGAGAACAGAAUAUUGGCCAGCAAAACCGAUCACAAAGGAAAAAGUUACUUACAAAUCUUGUCGAUAAUUGACGAUAGUCUGAAUAGCUACAUCGAUUCCCAGAACAGUAAAUUGAAAAGGCCGAGUGGUGUAGCGGUAACUAAUGACAAUCAUGUAAUUGUUGUUGAUCUGGGAAAUAACUGUAUAAAGAAAUAUCGCUACUGGUAGUCGUUUUCGCGUCGUUUUAUCAGCAACAGCUUUGAGUGUAUAUAUCGCUAAAAACCUUAAAUUAUUGUCAUCAAUAAAAAAUACUAAUCGUG